GUUGUUUCAUGGGACCAGGUGCGAGAGGAUCGAGGUUCAUAACGAGGAACGGUUCCCGAUCGUCGAGAAGGGGGAUUUCAUUCUCGAAAACUGCACCCACCUGGAGAUGGUGAAGGAGCCAAAGUGUGCGAGGGAGCAGUUGACGCCAAUUGACUGCAACGGGG